AGACGGCUGUGGUCCGCCAUUUCGUGGACGCCGGGUGUGCUAGAGCAUCCGGGGACGCCGGACGGGAGGGGACCGGGAAGACCUAGCCUAGGUUCUGUGGAUUUGGACCUCCGCAUUUCUAACCCAAGAUCUCGAAAUGCAUCGUGAUUCCUGUCCAUUGGACUGUAAAGUUUAUGUAGGUAAUCUUGGAAACAAUGGUAACAAGACUGAAUUGGAACGAGCUUUUGGCUAUUAUGGACCACUCCGAAGUGUGUGGGUUGCUAGAAACCCUCCCGGCUUUGCUUUUGUUGAAUUUGAAGAUCCCCGAGACGCAGCUGAUGCUGUCCGAGAGCUAGAUGGGAGAACACUCUGUGGCUGCCGAGUAAGAGUGGAACUAUCGAAUGGUGAAAAGAGAAGUCGUAAUCGUGGCCCACCUCCUUCUUGGGGUCGUCGCCCUCGAGAUGAUUAUCGGAGGAGGAGUCCUCCACCUCGACGCAGAUCUCCAAGACGGAGAAGCUUCUCCCGCAGCCGGAGCAGGUCCCUUUCUAGAGAUAGGAGAAGAGAGAGAUCACUGUCCCGGGAGAGAAAUCACAAGCCGUCCCGAUCUUUCUCUAGGUCUCGUAGCCGAUCUAGGUCAAAUGAAAGGAAAUAGAAGACCAGUUUGCAAGAGGAGUGGUGUACAGGAAAUAACUUCAUUUGACAGGAGUAUGUACAGAAAAUUCAAGUUUUGUUUGAGACUUCAUAAGCUUGGUGCAUUUUUAAAAUGUUUUAGCUGUUCACAUUUGUUUGUCUGUUGGAACAGUGACACAAAGGUAAUUCUCUUAUGGUUUGAAAUGGAUCAUAUGAGGCAUGUAAUAUCAAGAAUUGUUACUUUACAAUGUUCCCUUAAGCAAAAUUUAAUUUGCUUUGAAUUUUAGUCUUGCAUAGGCUGAAAAUAAACCUCUUAACUCCUGCCCAGCUAAAAUCGAUGUUUAACAUUAUGGAAAUAAAAACUGGCAAAAAUUGAAAGGUUUUCUUUCAACAUAGCUGGGAUAUGGUAUGCAGCUGUAGUUAAGCAGUUUUUAAAAGCUGCUGUGAACUCAAAAGCCAGCUGGAAAAAUUAAAGCUGCACCCUUAAACUAGAUUAGAGGUUUAAAAAUCCCACUAGUCUUCACACUGGACAAAUUGUUGUCCAGUUGGUGUAGAAUCUAAGAAGUUUCAAGGAAGUUAGUUUACCUUUGCUUUAGGUUGUAAGUUCCUUCUGUGAUUGCUGUAUAUGAGUACAUAGCUCUUUGUAACGUUCUUUAUUUGGAAAUAUGAGACUACUCAAGAUAACAAAUGUCCUGCCAGUUUAAGGGUACAUUGUAGAGCUGAACUGAGUUGUGCAAGAUUCUUUUUUCAUGCUGUCAUUUGUAAUAUGUUUUGUGAAAAUCCUUGGGAUUAAAGUUUUGGUUACAAAUUGUUGUUUAACCUGAAAGCCUGUUUUUCCUUGCAAAACUAAAAUCUGAGCUUGGUACCAAGUCCAGGUGUAACAUUCCUAUUGGAAGCCAUACUUAUAUUUUCUUGUAAAGUGCUUUUGAAAAUAAAAUAUAAGCAUAAUUGUAAUAGUUGAACCCACUAUUACCAUAGUUCUUGUCCCACAGAAGGCAGUUGGUUACACAAAUCUUAUUUUUUAAGAAAUACAUUCGAGGCUUUUGAGGUGAAGGGACUUACUGGUUGUCCAUCUAAGUGAUACAUUUUUAGGAGCAGAAGCCAGUUUAAAGUCCAUGAUAUUCAGUGACCAACGUUUUGAAGUAUAGCCACCUGAUACAUUAUAAUCCAAAGUUGCCAGUGAAAAAAAAAGCUUUUAAUCACUAGCAUGAAAACGUUCCACGGAGCUUUAAAAAUUGCUUCCAUUUUAUAUAAUUUGAGGUGUUGCAUGGGAAUUCUAAAUUGAUCCAUCAUUAUGUGAAAUUCACUACAUGGUUCAAAUGUAACAGUGCAGAAUUGAAAUAUGGAGGCAUGCAUAAUCUUCCUCUUAGAUAUCUAGAGGAGUUGUAAUUUCAAACUUCUGUGCAAUUAGAUUAAAUCAUAAUGCAACAGUCUUGUGGCUUAGUUUCCUUAAAUGUGCUAUUUAAAGAUAGUUGUGGAUUGUGCUGUACUGACUUUUCUUUAACAUGAAAGACAAGUCAUUGUGUUAAUCUAUAAGGAUGUUUUAUAAGAAAUUCAUCCUAAACAAGUUAAUUUCCAGUGGUCCUUCUUAACCUUUCACGAAAGCGUCAAGGGAGAAGAGUCCUGGGUAUCACAGGGGAAAACUGGUGUCAGUGGAGUUUAGUAUGAUCCUUGCUGGCAGAAGACAUUUGUAAAACUGCUUAUUUAGUACUGAGAGCUCAGGCUUUGGGCCUUCUGGCCUUUCAUAAUGAGCUUAAAAACUGUUGGGAUCAAGCAAGGCAAGAUAGCUACUGAUUCGUGGAAGUAAUUUGGUACAUCAGUAUUACACUGCUCUUACAGUGAACAUGGAUGUUUUUGACAGUAUGCAACUUGCAGAGUCUUAAAUUGGGCUUCUGUAAAAAAGGAAAGAUGAUAGCUACAAAGUGGCCAAUACAGAUCUAAUAUAAAGUUAACUCGGGUUUAUCCUUAGGAUCCAAAUUUGCAGUCACUUUAACCAGAAGCCUUAGCACAGUUCUGUGGCUUGUUAAAAAAUACGGAAGGUAGAAAUUAUUCAAACUUUGUAUUCUACAUUUACAUUGUGGCUUUUUAAAAGUUCUCUGUAGUUAACUAAUUUCUGAAAUUACAAGUCCCAUUGGCCAGUGUCUUGGAUUCUCAGCUGAAUAUUAUACUGAAAGCAGUCACAGAAACUUUUGACUUGUGAUGUAAUGAUUACAGGUGUUCACUAGAGGUCACUGUUAAUACUUGGUGAUAACUUAAGGAACAUAUCUAAGGGUUAUAGUUUUUAUUUUUGCAGGAAUAGUUAAUUCUGUUGUUCUCAAUCCAUUGUGGGUUACUUCUGAUCUCCAUGUCUUAAGCAGAAAGAGAAGUUUUAAUUUUAUGAGAUACAGAUACCUUUUACCAACUAUUUCUAUGUUUUUCUACAGUUCCAUAAAAGAUAAUGUGAUCAGUAGAUGGCAUCACCACCAUUUUAGUUAAACUCACCCAUAUUUGGAUGGAAAAGUCCUGGUUGCUUUUUAUUGAAGCGUCGUGGUUCAUAUUUCUGCAGUGCUUUAUCAGGAAUGAUAUUUUCCAGGUCUACUGAUUGAUUUUUCCAUCCCUGGGUUAUAUAAGAACCACUGGUGUAGUACUUUAUAUUAAUGUGCUUUCAUUUUCAGAAUCCGAAACAUGAUUUAGUUGUCAGAUCUGGUUGGUGGCAAUGUCUUCCAGUUGUAUAUUUUUGUACUAGACUGUUGCCUUCUGGUUUUUUUUUUUUUUUUUUUUUUUUUUUUUU